UGAGCAUCAGAGCUGGGUAGUCCUCUCCUGUCAUCACAAAGAAAAAUCUGCCAAAGGAAAAAAAGGGGAAGAAUCUUGGAAGAAUCUGACCCAUCUGACUGCACAGCAAGAUCAUGAGUACUCAUGAGCACAACCACUCAUCGGACUACUUGAACGGCACACCAUGGUUUUUAUACGAUUGCACGAUCCAGCUGGAUACAAGCUCCAGACGUAUUGCCCUCUUCCUCCUCUACCUGUUCAUCUUUGUGGUGGGCCUGCUGGAGAACCUUCUGGUUCUCUGGGUGAACUGGCGUCGGCGCCACUCAGCCAAUGGGGUGCUCUUCUGCAUCAUCAACGUGAGCCUCUCAGACUUGAUGGUGAUUGUGAUCCUGCCCUUUUUUAUGAUGGAGGUAACUGUGGACGAGGUGUGGCUGUGGGGUGAGUUCCUCUGUAAAGUCACCAACCUCAUCUACGUGGUCAACUUCUACAGCAGCUCUUUCUUCCUGGCCUUCAUGACGCUGGAGCGCUACCUGAGCCUGAGCAGGCCGUCGUGUCCGGCCCUGUUCCCGGUGAGGGGCAGGCAGCGCUGGGUGCUGUGUGCUGGCCUGUGGGCGUUCUCUCUGUUCCUGGCUCUGAUGGAGAACAUCCACGUGGACUUGCUGGAGUUAAAUGAGCCCGGCUGUUACAUGAUGCCCGAGCACAACUACACGGAAUGGUACGUCUCCGUGGCAUUUCUAUGCCUUAUCUUCCAGUUCCUUGGCCCUGCUGCUGUCAUUAUCACCUGCAACGUGCUGAUCGCCAGUGCAGUUUACACAGCGCCGGAUGUGCAGGGCCGCCGGGACGUGUGGUUGGUGCACAUUUACUCCUUGGUGUUCAUCAUGUGCUGGCUGCCGUACCACCUGGUCAUGUUUCUCUUCAUCAUAGACGAUCUUGAGCCCUACAUUUUCAGCUGCAACACUGUGGAGGUGCUCUACUUCUCCUUCACCGUGGUGCAGAGCGUCUCCCUUUUCCAUUGUGUUGCAAACCCUUUCCUCUACAACUUCCUCAGCAAAAGCUUCCGGAACAACCUCAUCAAUACUGUGAUAGACUACAUACCUAGAAAGGUAGAAGUGGAGGCCAAGGGGAACACUGCCAAUGGAGGCAAGGAAGACCUGGGGAAGCAGGGCGAGAUCAGUAACGGCAGCACCAGCCAGUCCGACGUGGAAUCAUAAGAACUAUAGUGUUAAUCGUGAGGGGGGGGAAACAUUUAACAAUCAAAUCGUCAGAGUGCUUUAGAGAAACAUAAUUCGUGGUAAGGAACACAAACAUUCUUUUUCUGAGUGUCUGUGUGUUUAAGAAUGUAUGUCCUCGGUUUUAAACAGAACAAGGGAGUAUUUUAUUGUUGGACCAUAAGAUCAAUGGCUGUAAUCUAAGGAAUCUGUUGUCAAGCUAAACAGCUACAGCCGCUUUAGCCUAACAACGUCGCAAAUAUCACAUUUGAACUUUCAUUGCAAAUAGCGCAACAUGGAUAACUAAAUGGUUAUUUAUCUUUAUGCUUUUGUAGUCAUGAACUGAUAACUUCCAAUAAAAUGCCCUCAAACACAUUUAAGGCAGAAAAUAUUUUGAACUUCUUACAUUUUAGAUGUUCAAUGAACACACUUAGAGACAUGAUUGAAAGCUUUGUUUUACAAGUCAAUUUGCUGCUCCUGCAAUGGGGCUGUCUUCCUUCUCACAUUUACUGCAUGAAAUGGAUGUGAUGGAUGUGUAACGUUCAUAACAUUUGAUCUGUUGAUUAACAGAUCAAAACUCCAGAGUAAAAGGGUAUGAAUGAACAGAAUAGCAGGAACAGACCGGGCUUUAGAAGAGCAAAGGUCAGCCACAAGCAGGAUGUUUGCUAUAAAAUGCUUUUGUCUGCACAUUCAUCACUGAAAUUUCAGUGCGAGAUAAAAAAAAUAAAAAUAAAUAAAACAUGAAACCCACAUAAAGUGAAUAAUUUUUGUAAUUUCAGAAACAGAUUAAAAAGCGGACACAAAUGAAAAAUACACAAAAUAAUAAAUAGCUAUACUUACUUGAGACUAAAAUAUCCCACAUAAAAGUAGAGAUGGACACAUAAAGUUCACCUCAAAACAAUGAAUGACUUUUAAGACCCCCUUGAAGAUUAUACAUCCACACACACACACACACACACACUGAUGUAA